AUGCAGAAUAUUAGUAUUAAAUACUUUUCGUAUAUUGUCACAGAAUUCAUUCAAAGAAAUGUACCGCGUAUAUUGCAGGAAGAUCACGAGUCUCUCAAGUCUUAACAAUCACCCAAUCAGAUUUGAACGUACAAUCAUUUGGAGUUUAUUUUGAAACCCCUAACAUUUGGGAAACUUUUUAUACUUCACAAAAUAAAAUCUAACAAAAAAACAAAAAAAAAAACACUUGGGAGAAACAGUAAAAAUCAUUCGAGGCGGCACAGUCGCACACAAUAUAACAUUAAAUUAUUAAUGAUACUAUAUCAUGGAGUAUGUAGUAAUGAACUUUCUAGUAUAGGUUCAACGAACCUAGAAGAUCGCAUAAAUCACGACGCUCUAAUUGAUCCACGUGUCAUGAUAAUCUCAAAGUGGGACCCACAUUGAGGCUGCACGUUAACGAAGAUUGGGCGGCGGUAUACAACUCUCUUGUAUCUCUCUGUGUAUAUAUAUACGCACAAGUGGCAAAGCUACGAAAUCUUAAUGUGAAAAUACCGAAAAAAAAAGAGAAGAAAAAUCAACCAAAAUAUAAAAAAAGUGUUAGAAAUUUUAUUUGUUCGAGAGAAAGAAAGAAUAGAUAAGAGAAAUGGGUAUACAAGAGCUGGACCCGUUAGCCCAGUUGAGCUUACCACCGGGUUUCCGGUUUUACCCGACGGACGAAGAGCUGAUGGUUGAAUAUCUCUGCAGAAAAGCCGCCGGCCACGACUUCUCUCUCCAGCUCAUCGCCGAAAUCGAUCUCUAUAAAUUUGACCCGUGGGUUUUACCAAGUAAGGCGUUAUUCGGUGAAAAAGAAUGGUACUUCUUCAGCCCGAGGGAUAGGAAGUAUCCGAACGGGUCGAGACCCAAUCGGGUUGCCGGGUCGGGUUACUGGAAAGCCACGGGUACGGAUAAAGUCAUCUCGACGGAGGGGAGAAGAGUCGGUAUCAAGAAAGCUUUGGUGUUUUACGUCGGAAAAGCACCAAAAGGCACCAAAACUAAUUGGAUCAUGCACGAGUAUCGUCUCCUCGAACCCUCUCGUAGAAAUGGAAGCACCAAGCUUGAUGAUUGGGUUUUAUGCCGAAUAUACAAGAAGCAAUCAAGCGCACAAAAACAGGUUUACGAUAAUCUAAUGACGACUGCUCGAGAAUACAGCAACAAUGGUUCGUCGACGUCAUCUUCGUCUCAUCAGUACGACGACGUUCUCGAGUCGUUACACGAGAUCGACAACAGAAGUUUGGGAUUUGCCGCCGGUUCAUCAAACGUGCAGCCUCAUAGUCAUAGACCGGUUUUAACCGGGCAGAAGACCGAGUUUCAUAAUUUAGCGAGGGAGCCAAGCUUUGAUUGGACGAAUUUUGGUGGACAGAGCUCGGUCCCGGAACUCGGACUGAGCCAUAACGUUCCGCGUCUCCGUUACCAAGACGGUAGUGGUGGUUAUUUUCACGGUGUGAAGACAAACGAAGGUGACGAUAGGAUGCAGCAACAGGGUGAGGAGAUUCCUCGGUUUAAUAAUAACUCAGGAGUUUUGUUGGCCCAUCAAGGUUUUAGUGUUGACCCGGUUAACGGAUUCGGGUACUCGGGUCAACAGCCUAGUGGGUUCGGGUUUAUGUGAUUGUGUAAUGGUGACGUAAUAAACAAGAAACAUAAUUUAAUUUUUUGUCUGAGUCAGAUUGAUUAAUUAAAUUAAUGCUAUAGUGUAGAAUUGGAAUUCUUUGGGGUUAGGUUUAGGUGCCACGUUUAUAUUCGUCGUCAUUUGUCCUCAGAGAUACAUUUUUGCAAACUUUAAUUUAUCUGGAUCCUUUAAUAUGUACUAUUAAUUAUUUUUAUAAAACAUGUGGAAUAUAUGUUGUCUCGUCG